GCCAACCAACACAGCGUUCCUCUCGCUUCUCAUCAAUCACGUUGAAUCUCAUCUCAUCUAUGUUGGUAAUCUUAAUUAAUCUUACCUCAUACUCAAAGAUCGCGAGUGAACUUAAAAAAUGACACCCUCUGAGACAUACAAGAUGAUGUCUUUGUUGUCUUUACCUGCUGUAUAUUCAACUUCCCGAAAUCACUUGACAAUAAUACUAUUUAUUAGACUUCCACCCCAUUCCCCGCAUUCUCGGCAAUACAUGUAGCGAUUGGCUGCAAUGUAAGUUCUUGUACCCCAUCUUUAUUAUAUCUGGACGGUCUCGGGCAUCACAAUAUCUGCAAUAGAAGAGCAGAUGAUCAAUUAAAGUGCCUUUACGUGACGAACUCGAGGUGUAAGAUACAUUUAUAUCUUCUUAAGUUUUCUUCCGCACAUCACAAAACCUUGUCAGAUCUCUCGUUUUUCAUUUUGAAUCUCGGUAGCAGGGGUAUUGGUGUGCUCACCUUCCUCCAGGAUGCAUAGCAAAAAAAGACAAGUGAUUCAGAAGGUCUCCUCAACAUGCAUAUAAACAUCGAAUCCUUUUACCAAAAAUACCUCCCUCUUCCGUCCAGUCCCAGAUUUCAUUCCAAUUUAAGCAAAGAAACUGUUUGUAAAGUUGGAAAAUGUUUAAUACAUUAAUAUUCCUGACGCUUGCUGCCUGCUCAUCUGCAGCUCCAGCACCGACACCAUCGAUCAACACAACUGUUGAUCUAGGAUACUCAAAAUAUUUGGGAACCAACAACGGUAAUGGCGUCACUCAGUGGCUUGGACUGCGAUAUGCGGCUGCUCCAUUAGGAGAUCUGCGUUUUCGAGCCCCUCAAAGUCCCGCUGUAAAUGAUACCUUACAAAUAGCGAACAGGCAUGGUGGAGUCUGUCACUCCUCGCCUUCGACCUCGCUUUCGUCCAAAACAACUGAGGAUUGUCUUUUUGUGGACAUCUAUGCACCCACUGAUGCAAGCAAACUCCACCCUGUCUUUGUUUACUUUCAAGGUGGUGGCUUCAAUACCCUUGCUAGCCCAGACUUGAAUGCGACUAGCCUAAUUGCAGCUGGUCAUCACGACAUCGUAGUAGUCACGUUUAAUUAUCGUGUUGGUCCUUGGGGUUUCUUGACCAGUAAGGAAGUUGUAGCGAAUGGUGAUACAAACGUUGGACUAAAGGAUCAACGAUUUCUACUUGAAUGGGUUCAGAAGAACAUUGAGCAAUUUGGAGGUAAUAAAUCACAUGUAACAAUUGGAGGAGCAAGUGCGGGUGCGGCUGCUGUAGACCUCCAGCUUUCUGCAUAUGGAGGUCGCGAUGAUGGACUCUUCCAUGCUAGUGCGGCCGAAAGUCAGUCUUUUGGUGCUCAACUCACGGUAGACGAGUCACAAUAUCAAUACGAUGGUUUAGUCCAACGUACUGGUUGUGCUGGGCAAAGUGACACACUAGCUUGUUUGAGGGGGUUGGAUAUCGGCAUCCUUGCCAAAAACAAUAUCAACGUUCCAACACCAGGUGGUGCAGGGGAUGAUCCGGUGUUUAUGUGGUCUAACGUCAUUGACGGUGAUUUCACUCCUGAUUAUACCUACAAGUUAUUUGCUACAGGGCAAUAUGUUCAACUUCCUGCGAUAUUUGGUGACGACACAAACGAAGGCACAAUAUUUACUCCUCAGUCCAUUAAUUCCAGCGUCGAAAUGUCCAAGUUCUUGAAAAAUAAUUUCGUCAAACUUACUGAUGAUCAAUUAAGUAACAUCCAUGAGUACUACCCUCAGGGACCUCAAUAUCCAAACGCUGGCACAUACUGGAGUGCAGCAGCUCUUGCUUAUGGCGAGAUGCGCUAUAAUUGUCCUGGAAUUUAUCUAUCCGGCUCUCAUGACUUCUACGCCCCAUCAAUUGGAAAUUGGAAUUACCAUUGGGAUGUUCUAUCAUCCACAAAUGCUGCCAGUGGGUAUGGUGUUACGCAUACUUCCGAAUCAGGUUCUAUUUGGGGUAGCAGCGGACCACCAGAUUCUGCUCUCAUACCAUCCAUUCAAGCAUACUGGACCAGCUUUAUUAGGAGCAAAGAUCCUAAUACGUAUAAGCUCAAAAGUACACCCAGAUGGGGACAAUUAAAGACUAGUAAUUAUCAGAGGAUACUUUUUCAAGCCGAGAACGUUACAGGAACAGCCACUGCAAACGUUACAAUGGAAACGAUACCAGAUGUACAGAUGGCGAGGUGUCAGUACCUGUCUAGUAUUGGUGCGAGCAUCGGGCAAUAAGCUUAUCAUGGGGAUUACUUGAUUGAAUCAGUUUCAUUGAAUUUCUCUUGUUUAUUUCUACUACAUACUUUUACGGUCAUGGAUAUUCGGAAUUAGGUGUUAGGAAAUCACCGUUGGCAUGGUUUUGCAUACGAUGGCGUUUUGGAUUUCAUGGACAUCUAGAAUUUCUCUUUUGAUACCUACCAAGACAUAGCUUAUUACCUUUCUGAGUUAUGUCCAUUUAUAUCAUA